AAACGCCACGCAAUCUGCGACGUGUCGUUCGCACCCACCACGCCUAAAACCCCUGCAAAAACCUAUUUUGACUAUUGACCAAACUCAAAGCUUUUUCGCGCUCGGCAACAAUGGCGGGUUUCCGGUCCCUGAAAUCCCUAAUUCGAAACCCUAAAAAAUCCAGAAGCUUCUUCACCGCCACCGUCUCCCCAUUCUCCUCCCCUACCUCUCGCUCCUCCCCAUCUCAGAUUUCCAGAACCUUCCUCCUCUCUCCUCUCUCCAACUGGAUCAUCCUCCCCUCCCAUGGGCCCCACUGCCCGCUCUUCCUCUCUUCCCCGCCGUGGAAGCUCUCGCAGUCCGCCACGCCGCUCCACCUCCGCGGAAACGCCGCCGUUCUGGAAAAGAUCGAAGCUUUGAACUUUAACAAUCUGCUCAGGAAGAAGAAGAGAACGACCUCCCCUCCGUCCGAAUUGACCUCCGGGUCGGACCCGACCGUGUCGGAUCGUCACCGGUUGAAAGUCGCCGGUGGCGAUUUCGUCAAUUUGCCUAAUUUGAUCUCCAUGACUCGGCUGAUCUCUGGUCCUUUUCUUGGAUGGAUGAUUAUAAAUGAGUGGUAUUCUGCUGCAAUGGUGGGGUUGGCUGUGUCUGGAGCAAGUGACUGGUUGGAUGGAUCUGUGGCUAGGAGGAUGAAGAUUAAUUCUGUUGUUGGCUCCUACCUCGAUCCCCUUGCAGAUAAGGUUCUUAUUGGGUGUGUUGCAUUGGCGAUGGUGCAUAAGGAUCUUCUUCACCCUGGUCUUGUUGGGAUCAUUGUGUUGCGAGAUGUUGGCCUCGUUGGUGGUGCAGUGUAUCAACGAGCUAGUAGCUUGGGGUGGAAGUGGAAAAGUUGGUCCGACUUCUUCAACCUUGAUGGAACCCGUCCCCAGAAGGUUGAACCUCUCUUUAUUAGCAAGGUUAACACAGUUUUCCAGUUGAUUUUAGUUGCGGCAGCUCUCCUCCAACCAGAGUUUGGAACACAAGAAACUCACUCAUAUGUUACAUACCUGAGUUGGUUAGUGGCGUCAACAACAUUGGCUUCCACUGCAGCAUAUGGAGCACAACACUUGAGGAAAUCGGCAUCCAUUGCUCGGAAACCAUCACUGUGAAUCUUUCAGACUGCAACAACUUCUGCUGAGUUCAAAUGCCAACAUAGUGACGGUCAUUUUCCAUCAAGAAUUUUGGAAGAACAAGCUACCUGAUUUAUACCCUUGGGGAUUCAUAUCAAUCUCUUUCGAGUCUUGCAAGCAACAGAUGAGAUUCGCAUAGAUUCAUCACGGAAGUUGUGAACAGUAUAUCGGGACAAAUUUGCUUUAGAAGUUUAGAUGGGAUGGAAAGAGAAAAUAGUUACAGGUCUACUAAUGGUGGAUAUAACCAUGAUGUCCAUACUUGUAUAGUUGAGAACUCUUGCAUGUUUAAUACAGCAUUCCAUGGCAUACAAUAA